AUGACGAUCUCCGUUUCGGGGGGCGGGCUGCCCCCGGUCAGCACCCUGACCAACAUCCACAGCUUGUCCCACCACAACCCGCAGCAGUCCCAGAACCUCAUCAUGACGCCGCUCUCAGGGGUCAUGGCCAUCGCACCCAGUCUGAACACCUCGCAGGCGCAGAGCGUGCCCGUUAUCAACAGCGUGGCGGGCAGCCUGGCAGCUCUACAGCCGGUCCAGUUCUCCCAGCAGCUCCACAGCCCGCACCAGCAGCCGCUGAUGCAGCAGUCACCCGGGCACAUGACGCAGCAGCCUUUUAUGGCCGCCGUGACUCAGCUGCAGAACUUCCACAUGUAUGCACACAAACAGGAGCCUCCCCAGUAUUCCCACACUUCCCGCUUCCCCUCGGCGAUGGUGGUGACGGAUACCAGCAGCAUCAGCACGCUGACCAAUAUGUCUUCCAGUAAGCAG